UACCUACAAUGUGGAUAAAACAACUAUUUAUUGGAUGUCUUCUCGGAGUCAUAGUUCUUUCCAUCUCGGCAGCAGAUGAAGUUAUUCCCGAAGAAAUAAAAAUCCCCGAAAUACCACGUGACAUCCGUUACGAUCCAAUAAUAUCCGAGCGCGUUGCUCAAAGUGUUAUGAAUUUCGCUCAUAAUCUUGGCGUUGCACUUGAUAUAAAUGAAUAUCCAAAUACUCAAAUAUUUUCACCAUUAAGUAUUAUGUCAUCGUUAUCCAUUCUCCAAAUGGGUUCCUAUGCCAAUACCUACAAUCAACUAAACAAACUAUUUACUUCGUUAAAUGGACAAAAUCGUCCAACUUCAGCGAAGAUUCACGAAGAAUUCGGUUGGUUGCUGGAAGAUGUUAUGUCAAAUACAUUCAAAACCAAACGACCACGCAUGGAAUCCGAAUGGCGAUCGACACCAUAUAAUCCUAAUAAUUAUGGAAAAGGUGGAGCUAAAACACCAAAUGAACAUACAGUUCGUGUAUCCAAUGGAUUAUUUCUUCAGAAUGGUUAUAGUCUGAAACCAGAUUAUGUCUAUGCUGCACAAUCUGUUUACAGGAGUGAAGUUACUCCAUUGGAUUUCAGAACCAAUCAACAAGAUUCCAAAGACUACAUCAAUAGUUGGGUCAGUCAGAAUACAAUGGGCAAAAUUCCAGCCAUUAUUGAUAAUGUAUUGAGCAGAGAUACGAAUAUGAUAUUGGCAAGUACACUUUACUUCAAGGGUUUCUGGGAGCAACCAUUUUUAGGAUCAGGAACUUCAAAGACCAAUUUCUUUCCCGAUGGACCAGAGAGUGAACCUGUGAAGAUAUUGAUGAUGAGUCUUGGUGGUGUACUACCCUUCUACAACUCUGAAGAAUACAAUUGUCGAAUCAUUGGUUUGCCAUACAAAGGAAACCAAUCAACACUUUACAUCAUCCAACCAAAUGACUCAACACGAUUAAAUCUCCAGCAAUUACAAAAGACACUCACUGGAGAAAGAAUCAACGAGAUGAUCUCGAAAAUGGAACACAAAACUGCAGUUUUAGCUUUUCCCAAAUUUCAUGUUGCCAAUACAAUGCAUUUGAAGUCUCCCCUAUCCCGAAUGGGCAUUGAGGACAUCUUCAAAAAUGGCAUAGCAGAUUUCUCUUUGAUUGCUGAUCCUGAAGAAAACACCAAAGAUAAAAUUGCAGCAGCUUCAUCAUCAUCUUCUUCAUCCUUGGCAAGAUUUCCAGUACCAGUGCUGCAACAGCAAGAGAUGUUAUUGAAUGUUGCCGAAGCUAUGGCAGCGCCAUCUGUUACACCAAAUCGUCAAAGAAAUUCACCUAUAAUUGGCAACUCAAAUGGACCUAUGGAUCGAUACAAUGAGCCUCCUUUAAUAUUUACACGUUUUGGUGGUAAAAUGGACAAUCGAACAGAUCGACUAGCACAAGUGGAUAGAAUGCAAUGGACUCAACAGGGUGAUUUAAUGGUUGGAACACCGAUGGAUCCAAUUCAUCGUUGUAAACGUGGUAAACGUGCUGUAACUUAUAAAGUUGAAAGUGAAUUUACACGAGGCAAUACUCCAUUGCGUCUGAAACAUUUGAUACUCAAUAAACGCAUUACCAAGACAAAUCCUGGUAAGAAACUUAUGCGAAAUCGUCGUGAAACUAUUCCAGCUUCAGCUCAGAGUUUACAGAGAUUAGAUCAAAUGCGUUCGACAGCAGAUUUAAAGAAACCACAACUGUUUGUUGAUGAAAUUCUUCAUAAAGUCGAUUUUAAUGUUAACGAACAGGGAACAGAAGCCGCAGCAGCUACUUUGGUUUAUCUGAGGAGAUCUGGGACAGAUGUAGCUUUUCGAUGUGAUUCACCUUUUCUUAUACUUAUGCGACAUGAUCCAACAAAAUUACCAUUGUUUUAUGGUGUUGUUAAUAUACCGGCUCAAUAAAGAAACACAAUUCAUUUAUA